UAUGGAAAGAAGCCGCUCACUUUUUUCUUCACGCUCGCUACUUGAUGGACAUUUUAAAACUUGACAGGUAUUGUGAAAGGUUUUCGCUGCUUGUUUUUUCCGCCGUGUGUGAUGCUCGAGUGCAGAAAUAGGCUUUUCACCCUUCGCUGGUAACGAUUUUUUUUUGGUACGUCAUUAAUAUGGCGCCAAAAGAGUUAUAAGUGUUGCUUAUAUAGAGAAAAUCUAGCCAGUUAGCUCUCCCUCACCUCUCCCUGUCUGGUGUACGCAGGGAGAAAAUCACCUUUGGACAAACACAACAUGUAAGACGCCUCACUUGACAGAUAUUUGAACUGGAUUUAGACGCUCGUCUCAAUUCAAAAUGGUUUUGGAAAUUCAAACCGAUGUGUCGUCACGACAGUCGAUCAGUUAGAGCACUUCACUUUGCAGGAUCGUGAGGAAAAUACUCAAACAUUUUUCGGAUGACGAACCAAUAACCGUUGUCACAAGUGAGGAAACAACAAUUUUAGGAAGUCUGCAGAGAACUGCGUAGGAGGCCAUCGGCUCGGCACUGUUGUGGAUUAAUUACAUCGGCCGUCAGGAAGUUUUAAUCGGGCUGCGGAGGGGAAAUCAUCUGCCGUGCUGCUGUCACAUGCAUAUAGUGAGGUGAAGUGAGGUACAUGUGCUUGGCCUCAAAUGAUCUCCUGAUUUCGGUCCAUCUGUGUGCACCGAGGACAUCACGCCCUCUUGAGCAAACCGCAAACAAGAUGGAGACUGAGCUUAAGAGGAGGAAAUAUUCUACCAGCAGCAACGAUUCAGACACCACCGACAGUCAUGUGACGACCUGGUCGCGGUCGUCUAAGAACAUGGGAACCAAGAGCACAUGGAGUCGCCUUGAGCAGAAGAAACCAUCAGAGGUGUUUAGGACGGACUUUAUAACAGCCAUGAAGUUGCCUGAUUCAGCACAGUUAAGUCCAGAGGAGUUUUAUUUCCUGUCAGACCCAUGGAGGCAGGAGUGGGAGAAGGGUGUUCAAGUCCCAGCCAAUGUGGAAGCCAUUCCUGAGCCUUUGGUCAGAAUGCUUCCAAAGGCCAGUGGAAUCCCAUUCUUCUCACCCACUUUGGAUUCACGCGGGCUCACCGAACCACUUAGUCGAUAUGAUCUGGAUGAUCUGGAUGUGGCCUGGCUUGAACUGGUUAAUGCUGAGUUCAGACAAUUAGCAUUGCCAGAGCUGGAUGAAUUGAGUAUGGAGCAGGCGCUGCUGGAGCUGGAGAGCAGGUGUGAGCAGAACAUGCAGCGAGCCAUCGAGACGAAGGAGGGACUCGGCAUUGAGUACGACGAGGACGUGGUGUGUGACGUGUGCCGCUCACCCGAGGGUGAGGAUGGCAAUGAGAUGGUGUUCUGCGACAAGUGCAACAUUUGUGUGCACCAGGCUUGUUAUGGCAUCUUAAAGGUGCCGCAGGGUAACUGGCUGUGCCGCACGUGUGCCCUCGGAGUGCAGCCCAAGUGUUUGCUGUGUCCCAAGAGAAGAGGAGCCCUGAAACCCACUCGCAGUGGAACAAAGUGGGUCCACGUCAGCUGUGCCUUAUGGAUCCCAGAGGUGAGUAUCGGCUGCCCUGAGAAGAUGGAGCCCAUUACAAAAGUAUCUCACAUCCCAGCCAGUCGAUGGGCCCUAUCCUGCAGUCUGUGCAGGGAACACAUAGGCACAUGUAUACAGUGCUCCAUGCCAUCCUGCAUUGUUGCCUUCCACGUUACCUGUGCGUUUGAGCAUGGACUAGAGAUGCGCACUACACUUGCAGAGAAUGAUGAAGUGCGCUUCAAAUCAUACUGCCUGGAGCAUAGUAGUGUGUCUCAAUCCAGCAGCUGCGGGGGAAAUGCUGACAGAGCCGAAUCCCGUCACUCUGGGGUCAAUCCUUCUGAGGCAGAGCUGCAGAAGAGCAGCGAGCGCAAGCAGAAGCUGCAGGAGCUGGAAGACGACUUCUACACAUUAGUGGACCCCAAGGAUGUGGCCGAGAGUCUUUGUCUGCCCGAUGUGCACCUGGACUUCCUCUAUCAGUACUGGAAACUGCGGCGGAAGGCCAACUUCAACCAGCCUCUGGUGAGCCUGAAGAGAGAUGAGGUGGACAAUCUGGCCCAACAGGAGCAGGAUGUCCUGUAUCGCCGACUGAAGCUAUUCACACAUUUACGACAGGAUCUAGAGCGGGUCAGGAACUUGUGCUACAUGGUGACGCGACGAGAGAAGAUCAAACACUCUCUAUGCAACCUGCAGGAGAAGAUAUUUAACCUGCAGAUCCAGCUGUUAGAGAAAGACCUGACCGGAGAACAAACUCUGAGAGGUGAGAGAGGUCAUCGUAAUGGGGUCAGAGAGCGUGGGAAAGAGCGGAGAAAAAUGAGUCCAGACAAGAAAGACACAUGUAGAGUGGACAGCAACUCUCUCUUCAGACAGCUGGGUUUCUCCAAAUCGUUCCCUCUGGACGGUACACUGUUUGACAGCUGGCUGGCUCAGUCUGUCCACAUCAGCGCUGACAACAUGUUGAGCCGCUGGCCAGGAGAGACCACCGACCCGUCGUCCAGUCUGCUGUCAGACCAGCUGCUGCAAGGUGAGGAGAACCUGCUCAGCCUCAUGAUGAACCACUCCAUUAAAUCCACCUGGAAAACACCACAGCUGGGCCGGAGGGCGAGGGGCCGCAGGAAGACCAUCUCGCUUCCCCAGACCACCGUUAAAGGCAAGAUUCCAGCUGAGGGCCAGCGAGGAGAGCGAUCGCAUCACCGCCACCGUCUCACACACAGCGGCCAGGGCAAACACGACCCUCUGCUGCCUCCCUGCUCCAAAAUGGAUUCUUGCCACAUUUCAGAGGAUCAUGGCUCUUGGGAUGCAGCUGUGAGUACCGGGGCUGCAACCUCAAGCCCCUACACAGACAUCGGCAAGAGCUCGCGGGCGGCGUUGCGUCUGCCGAGACAGGGCAAGUCAGGCUUUAAAAGUAACAUGACGGCGGUCUCGCCACAGAACCGCACUGGGAACAUCAGGUCUGCACUGGACACUGAAACGGAUGGAUAUUACUCAGAUGUGGAACACAGUGACUCAGAUUUGCGCUCCAAUAGCCCAAAGUUGCGCUUGCCCCAACUGCAUGCAGGGAAUGAGGAAGUAGUGCGGCAAAGCGUACUGGCCUCUUAA